AUGGUGCCACAUUCACGGCUGGCUCUUCUGGGCCUGUGCUCGCUCUCGUGGCUAUCUGCCAUCCAUGGCGCCGCUGUUCAGCCAUCGCCAACGUCAAACCCUGGCGAAGAGGAUCUCAUAGAUCUGCAGACUGCGAUUAAUGGUCCUGCGCAAGUCUUGAGGCCACGGGGCGGUUCCUCGCCCCCCAGCGUCGUCUACCGCGGCGACAACGUCAACUAUUCCCCAGACUACUAUCGGAAGCUAGGGGGCAUACCGCCCGAGUUCUCGGGGCCCUUCACAAACGACUCCUUCAGCCUCACGCUUCACCACUGGGGCGACAACGUGGGACCGUACAGGCACAAUAACUACUCGUCCGCGUACGCCUCGACAUCGGGCAAGUUUGGCAUCGCCAUGGCCUUUUCCCAGUGGGACUCGCAGAAAGUCAAGCUCAACGCGUUCGACGGCUGGGUGUACGAGAUCCAGCCCACGCCAAACAUGAUUGACGUCGUGGCAUCGGGGGUCAAAAUUAUGUUUAAAAGGGACGAGGCCGAGUACGCCGCCAUGGGCAAGAUCGCAUGGCAGCAGGUCAAGCGGUACAUUUUCUACCAUCCCGACAAGAAGUGGAUCGAGAAUCCCGACUACAACCCCGAGUAUGACGGAUGCCGCGCCGGCGGAGCGCAGCCAGACCUCGUCGGCGACCCUCUUCGGAGGGUGUCGUGUCCUGCGGGCAAGACGCUGGAGCGAUUGGCCGUCGAGUUCAUGGACAGGAACGGCGCGGUCGUGGGCUGGAAUGGCACGUUCCCCUUGGAUCUGAAGGCGCCCGCGGAUUUCAGCAGCGGCAUCUGCGGCGGCUCCGCCCACGUAUGA